GUACCAAGGCGGCUCGUUGGACCUCAUUUGCGCAUCCCCCGUCUACCCCUCAGCUGACUGUCCUAUUACUACUGCGGGAACCCUUAUUUAAAGUCUUGGGGCGCUAGCAAUAUACCCGAUGGAUGCUCUUCCGCUCCACGGUUUGAGGCCCGCAACACCGGCAUGGCGGCGCCACAUUCCCACCUUCCAUGCUUCUUCUAGAAGGCCAAGAGAAGCGGCCAGAACAAACCAAUAGAUUGCUCUGUUCCCUAGCAUUAGCACAAAAGAGGCUACUGCAGGUACCCCGCAUGCAAAUCUCCCCCGCACUGUUUCCAUUGGCGUCGAUUUUAUUAUCACGGCGGUUUAAGGCCCGAAGCCACCGCCUGCGGAAGUCUUGGUAAUGCAUUACAAUAAUAGGAUGGAUUGGCACUGGUUUUCCCGGUACCUAAUAUAUAAACCUCAUUGUUCCCCCUUCUUGGGGAUUCUCGCAACUUCAGCCCUUUAGUCUUUUCACUAUCCUCUGACUCGUCAGCAUCGAUUAAACGACAAUGGUUCGCAACCUCCCCUACGCUGCCCUGCUCUGCAUUGGCCUGGUAGCUGCUCAGACUCCCGGAAAAAUUCCAGAGAAGCACCCCAAGCUAGACACAUGGGAAUGCACCAAGAAACACGGUUGCAAGAAGCAGGAAAGCUACAUUGUUAUCGACCAGGCAUCUCACCCAAAUUAUCAAUUGCACCAGCCUAGCCUCAACUGUGGCAAUUGGGGAAGCGCCCCCAACGCGACGGUCUGCCCUGAUGAGAAGACAUGUGCUAAGAACUGCAUCGUUGAAGGUAUCCCUGAUUAUUCCAAAGUUGGUGUCACUACCAAGGGCGGAAAUCUGUACUUGAAGCAACUGGCCAAGGAUGGCAGCUCGGUAUCCCCAAGAGUCUACCUCCUCGAGAAGAAUCAACAGGAGUAUGAGAUGCUCCAGUUGACGGGCCGCGAAUUCAGCUUCGAUGUUGACACGUCCAAGCUUCCUUGCGGUAUGAAUGGAGCGCUGUACUUAUCGGAGAUGGAUAAGAAGGGAGGCAAGAGCAAGCUCAACCCCGGCGGAGCUGCCUAUGGAUCCGGAUAUUGUGAUGCUCAGUGCUUUACUUUCCCCUUCGUUGAAGGCGUUGGCAACAUCGAAGGCAAGGGUGCUUGCUGUAACGAGAUGGACAUCUGGGAGGCUAACUCCAGAGCAACCUCGAUUGCACCGCAUGUUUGCAAGCACAGCGGGUUGUAUCGAUGCACUGGAGCAGAAUGUGAAUUUAACGGUGAAUGCGACGAGUGGGGAUGCGGUUUCAACCCAUAUGCUCUUGGCAACAAGAACUACUAUGGACCGGGAUUGAAGGUCGAUACCAGACGCCCAUACACUGUUGUGACACAGUUUCCCGCCGUCAAGGGCAAGAUGACAGAGAUCCGUCGCCUGUACGUUCAGGAUGGAAAGGUUAUCCAGAACGCUGUUGUCAACAUUGCCGGACCUCCCGCCCAAAACUUCAUGAAUGACAACUACUGCACCAACAAGCCUGGCUCCGAGCGAUACAUGGAGCUUGGAGGUAUGGGCGCCAUGGGCGGUGCGUUGUCGCGAGGAAUGGUCCUCAUCUUCAGCAUCUGGUGGGACGAGGGCGGAUUCAUGCAAUGGUUGGAUGGCGAGUCAUCCGGUUCCGGACCUUGCGACGCAACUGAGGGAGACCCCAAGAACAUCAUCAAGAUCCAACCUGACCCAGCUGUGACUUUCAGCAACGUCAAAUGGGGCGAGAUUGAUUCUACAUACACCUGCAGCAAGGGUCCGGCAGGGCCAAAGGGCCCAAGGGGAAUCUCCUAUUAGAGCGCCUUUACACGAGUCGUACUUGUUCAAAGUAGUUUUGAAUGAGUACUCGAAUGCUUUUGAUAUUUUGAGCAAGUUGGGGGUAGAACGUAUUUGUCGAGCUCUUUUUGGCCUUGGCAAAGAGGGGUAAGCAAAUAUAGAAUAGAUG